GCAGGUCUCGGUUUCCACUCGGAUGACAUUAAAGCACGUACCGAAACCGGAAAGGGGCAGCACUGCGAGGAACAAUAGUCAAGUAAGAUUGUCCAGGAAACGCGGCGGAUUGAAGCGAGAGUUGCAGUAAAAUGUCUAAGUCCGAGGUUCUGAGAGGUUUUGUUACCGAGAGACUCGCCGCCGCCUCCCAGGAAAUCUUAGCGGCCGUGGACGGACUCGUAGCCGGGUACGAGGAGGAGGCGUCGGGCCUCAGACAGGAGAUCGACCGGCAGAGGAGACAGCUGGAGGUUCUCCUGCAGCCUCGGGUCAUACUCAACAAAGCCGGUGUGAAGCGCAGCAGGAGACUCCGCCAUGAUGAAGAGGAUAACGAAGAUGAGUAUGACAAGAAUCUGGAUAUGAAUAACAGAACUCCAUCAAGGUCUUUUUCCGCCAGAGGUCAGUUUUUGCAGAGGAAGCACAGCGGACCUCAGAUCAGUGAAACUCAGAACCACAUGGACCUCAGGAUACGAUUCCAGGAGAACCCACAGACUGAAGUACCUUCAAAAAAAGAUGUUCAGCAUCUGUUGGUGAUUAAAGAAGAGGUUCCCCUUGAAUGGAGCCUUAGUCUGGAUCAGGAGGACCUGGAGAACCCAAACAUUAAAGAGGAACAGGAAGAAUUCUGGACCAGUCAGGAGGGAGAGCAGCUUCAACGGAUGGAGGAGGCUGAUGAUACCAAGGUCCCAGUCACUCCUGUCUGUUUGAAGUGUGAGGAUGAUGAGGAGAAACCUCAGUCUUUACAGCCUCGUCAAAGCCAAGCUAAAAGGAGCAGAGAGGCAGAGCCUCCGUCCAGUAGCUCAGCUGAACUGAUGGUAACAGAGGCUGAUGGAGAGGACUGUGGAGGAUCUGAACCAGACAGGAACUUAGAUCCACAUGGUCAUCUUCAACCAGAUACAGAUGAACAGGUCUUAGAAUCCUCUGAGACUGAUAACAGUGAAGAUGAUUCGAAGGAAACCAGAGCAACAUUUAAGGGACAGAAGAAUCUCAAAUGGCACAUGGAAGUCCAUACAGGAGAGAAACCAUUUGGUUGUAAUGAUUGUGGGAAGAGAUUUAAGGUGAAGGGGGUUCUUACGAGGCACAUGAAAGUACAUACAGGAGAAAAACCAUUUGGUUGUAGUGUUUGUGGGAAGAGAUUUAAUCGACGGGGGUACCUUUCACUGCACACAAGAGUCCAUACAGGAGAGAGCCCAUUUGGUUGUAAUGAUUGUGGGAAAAGAUUCAAGCAACAGGUGCAUCUUACUAGGCACAUGAAAGCACAUACAGGAGAGAAACCAUUUGGUUGCAGUGUUUGUGGAAAGAGAUUUAAGGUGAAGGGGGAUCUUACGAGGCACAUGAAAGUCCAUACCGGAGAGAAACCAUUUGGUUGCAGUGUUUGUGGGAAGAGAUUUACUCAACAGGCUUACCUUUCACUGCACACAAGAGUCCAUACAGGAGAGACACCAUUUGGUUGUGAUGUGUGUGGGAAAAGAUUUAAAAGACAGGGAGAGUUAACUGUGCACACAAGAAUCCACACAAAAGAGAAACCGUUCAGUUGCAGUUUUUGUGGCCAUCUAUUCAGAGAUUUUUCAAACAGGAUAAAACAUAUGAGGAUAUGUAAACACAAACAUGUUAUUGAAAGCAGCAGCAAGUGAAACUGCAGAGUUGCUGGUUCAGUUGGACUGUAACAGCGUAUUACAGCAUAGUUGAAAUACAUUACAUGUUUCAAAUUUACUGUUAUUUGCAUGAAAGUGUAACACAAUUUAGUUUUAAAACUUAUCACAUUCUUGCAGAUUUGUACUAGGGCUGCACGAUCUUAACCUUAGUUCGAUCGUCCAAUCGUCACCCAGUGCAAUUGCUGAUAGCCAAUAUGAUCAGCGAGGGUGGUGAUGGUGUAUAAGUAAAGUACAGACUACAUGGGUGUUUGCAUCAGAAGUGCAUUUGUGUCUGCUGGUCAACAAGCGAUUACACUCCUCUGCUCCGUGUUAAUCGCAUGUAGAGCUGAUCUUAUAAAAUAUUUCCGCCUCAUCUUUACUAAUUAACCAUUUGAUAUACUGAGCGCUUCAGAGGCUACCGGCAACUUUUCAGGAGGAAUGUUUCCUUGCAUGUUGCUCAAUGCAUGAUUGAUGUUUGAAAAUCAAUCAAUACACCUAAAAUGUCAAUGUGAAAACUUUGACCAUUUCAGUGACCGCGACAUUUCAUCACUUGAAGAAAAAAAGUAGUGGUGCGUCGUUGCGAUACGUUCUGGCAGCUCUACACGCUACGUUACCCAACGCAACGUAGUAGUAGUCAAAUACCGUCUUUACAUUUUCAAAGUCUUAAGCAAUCAGCGAUCGUUCUAAUGAUCGUCCAUCAUCUAUGUCAUCGUUCACCAGCACAACCUAAUUUGCACUUUCUUUUGUUGGGAAUAUUACAUUAAAGAUGGUGGAGACCCCAUGUUCUUUUUUUGCACAGACAAAAGAACUCACUUCCCCACAAUUCCUCACUUUGCACACCUGGGGACGACCCUCCCCCUGGGACAUUACUGAGCAGUGAGUGUUGGUCAAUGUGUGAUAUGUGACCCCCCAGGGUGUUACCAGACAGUAAAACCAACACUCCUGCCAGCUGAAGCUCUCUUCAUUCUCUAACUUUCCUCUCCUGGAGCAAAAAGACUUCUUGCAGCAGGUUAGCACUGCUACUACAUGGCACAAUAGCUCUCCUGCAGGUCUGCUCACAGCAGAAUCCAACACUCUUUCACACUGCUGUUGAACAGCAGCAAUCAAGGUGCCUCUGGGGCUUAACGACCAAGAUUAAACCAAAUUUAUUUAAGCACCAGCGGCUACACUAUAAGGUCAGCCUUCUGAUUUUCCAAGCAACCAGAGCCACAGCAGAGCUAGCAUGGAACAGCUAACUCUGUAAGAAGAACAAAGGAGAAACCAGCAGCCUCCUCAGCAACAUCACACAGCCAGACAGGACUUCACGCCAUCAGAAGGCAACACAAUUCGCUGGAUUUUAAACGCAACACUGGAAAGGACAUCUCUUUUGUUCCAAGGACUGGGUAAUGUUAACUUUUUAGGCUAAUCUAACCUAGCAUAGUACAGCACAGCUAAUCAACAGAAAUCUUAACCUUUGUCAAUAUACAUGUACAUGUUUGGUUAAUGUAUCCACUCUACUUGAUGGUUGUAAUGUCUGCCUAGGUUGCUGGUCAGUCACACUGUUUACUUGGUACUUGUAUGUUCACACUCACACCUGUAAUAUAUCCCAGUUAUGGAACCUGCAUGCAGCUGACCUUCUCUUUUUAAUGUGGCACCUUUAGACUACAUGAACUAGAGUAAAGAAAUUACUCACUCUCCGCCCCCCACACCGCUCCCCAUCUUUCAUGCUUAGGUCGUGUGGUCACAGCGACCAUUUUGAAUUGGCAUUGCCUUUGUCACACACACAUACACACCUGUAUUUACCAAAAUUAGAUGUUGUGUGUUUUACUUUUGCUACAUUGAAAAUGAAUCUCUUUAAGUAAAUCUGCUGGUAUGUUUAAUGAUGCAAAAGUGUGAAUACUGUCAACCUCUACUCAAUAGAAUUUCAAUCCUUCAAUUUUGCCUUAAUGUGUAUAUGGUAAUUUGGUUGUAUUUAUUAAGUUAAUUAUUAAUUGGAGUUCCAGAUUGAUGGUAAUAAUUCAUACAGAAUAAAUACUGGCCUAUCAUUUUCCUGUUUCGGGAUGGUGCUCCCAAGGAACUUCAAUUGACUGUAAUGUUGUUAUUUAAUAUUGACGUUUUAACACUGAUAUUUUUUAAUUUAUGAUACCCAAUAAAUUUAUAAACAAUUGUUGCCCAACUAAAUGUUCUUAAGUUGAGUACCAAUGCCCAUCACUUAAAUCGUUUAACCUGAUUCUAUUUUCUCUAGUGUCUAUUUUUGAAUAUUUGAAAAUGUAUACUAAGUUACUUUUUCAUUGUGACAGUUUGAGUUCAUGUAUUUUUGUUAGAGCAAUAAACAGAGUUUGUUUAUUCUGAAUUAGAAUAUUAUUUCUUUAAAGUUUGGUAAAUGUUUGACAUCAGCCAUGGACUGUAUUUUCCAGUUUAAAACAUGUUUGUCUCUUUGCUCUUGAGCAUUUCCUUUAUAAAGAGUUUGAGUCAAACUGAAAUUGAUUCUGCACCACUCACGCUGACCACUGCUUUCGUAGGAGUUGUGCAGGGUGCCUUUAUCUUCAUUUCAUUCUUAUAAAUUAACUUUAUUGCUGCUUUGACGCAGCUGCUUUUAAUUAUAGUUAUCUUGAAAUGAACUUCAGAAAUCUCUUUAGCUCCGCUUUUGGUCUCCACCAACUCCUGAGGGAAAGAUCUGGCUGAAUAAUUGCUAAAUGCUCCACUAUGUUUGCCAGCUGCUUUCUUACAGUGUCUGUCUGGUGAUUGAUGCUGAGUAGAUAGUGCAUAGUGGUUUCUUUUUAGAGCUAGGUAAUUAUUAUUAUUCCAUCUAGAUUUUAAUGUUUAACUUGGGGUAUACCAUCUCUGGUACUUUAAGUUACUGGUGAAACAAGUUGUAACUACUCAGUAUUGUCGCAUUACUUCGAGACAUUGGGUGACUGCUGUUGCAGUGCUUCUCUCAUUCAAGAGGAGAAUCCAAAGAAGAAAUUUUGUACAUUUAGCUGAUAAUAUUUUUGUGCUUAUGUAACGCAUACUUGUAAUGAAAUAUUUUUACAUUGAUUUACUAUUACUUUUAAUGAA